AUAUGACUAAACAUUCGUGAAGAAAAAGUCGCUUUUAAUAGAGUUUAUUAUUGUUUUAGGUUUAGUAAGCGAUUAGUUUAAUAAAAUGGCAAACACGGGGCUGUUGCCUUUCGUGCGUGGUGUUGAUUUCACUUGUAACGACUUCGGCGGCGACAAAUUUCCUGAUGCUAUUGCGCACAUGACUGGUCUCCAAUGGCUCAGACUAGAUAAAACGAAUCUAGACUGCGUACCCGAGGAGCUAGGAAAACUUAUGAAGCUGGAAAACUUAUCGUUAAAAAAGAACAAUCUAGAAAAAUUAUUUGGGGAAUUAACAGAACUAAAAUGCCUACGGUCUCUGAAUGUGAGGCAUAACAAAGUGAAGAGUUCUGGUAUUCCGGCCGAGCUGUUCAAGCUAGAAGAAUUGACAACACUGGACUUGUCCCAUAAUAAACUUAAAGAAGUACCUGAAGGAUUGGAGAAGGCAAAAUCUUUACUUGUACUAAACCUCAGUCACAAUAAAAUUGAGAGUAUACCACCAACACUGUUUGUUCAGUUGACAGACUUGUUGUUUUUGGAUUUGUCCAACAAUCUAUUGGAAACUCUGCCCCCUCAAACUAGAAGACUUGCAAACCUACAGACUCUGAUCUUGAAUGACAAUCCACUUGGACUGUUUCAACUUAGACAACUGCCAUCUUUACAAAGUUUGAAAACUCUGCAUAUGCGUAACACCCAACGGACUGUAGCCAACUUGCCAACGUCAUUGGACACUCUCUGUUGUCUAUCUGACGUAGAUCUUUCUAAGAAUGCUCUAACCAAAGUUCCAGACGCGUUAUACUCUCUACAGAACUUGAAGAGGCUUAAUUUGAGUGACAAUGAAAUAACGGAGAUUUCUUCAGCCAUGGACAUAUGGCAGAAGCUAGAGAGUCUUAAUCUGUCCCGCAACAAUCUCACGUCUCUCCCGGCGAGUCUGUGCAAGCUGCAGCACCUCAGGAGACUCCAUGUGGACGACAACAAGCUGGACUUUGAGGGUAUACCAUCGGGGGUCGGGAAACUCGGGAAUUUGGAGGUGUUCUCCGCCGCUAACAACUUGUUGGAGAUGAUACCUGAAGGACUCUGCAGAUGUGGUUCCCUAAAGAAGCUAAACUUAAGCUGCAACAAACUCAUCACAUUACCCGAUGCUAUACACCUACUAAGCGACCUGGAGAGUCUGCAGCUGCAUGGCAACCCUGACCUGGUGAUGCCACCUAAGCCGGUGGAGAGAGCCAAGGGCUCUGGUCUCCAGUAUUACAAUAUUGACUUCUCACUGCAGACCCAGUUGCAGUUGGCUGGGGCUGCUACUCCCGAUUUGGUGGCUUCUCCCGCAGCGAAGUCUGACCCUAUAGCUCGUAAGCUGCGCCUGCGCCGCGGCCGGCCGGAGCCCGAGCAGAAGGAUUCCGCGCUCAUACUGAAAGGCAUGCAGGAGCAAGCCAACACGCAGAACGGACUUAGCGAUCAACCUAAUAGUGAGCUCAAACCGAAGCGAUGGGACGAGAGUUUAGAGAAGCCGCCCCUGGACUACUCGGAGUUCUUCGACGAGGAGACGGGGCAAACGCCGGGCCUGCUUAUCUGGGAGAUCGAAAACUUCGUCCCCGCGCCUGUUGAUGAGGUUGCGUAUGGUAAAUUCUUUGAAGGCGACUGCUACAUCAUAUUGAAAACCACCGAGGACCAGGGACAACUGUCCUGGGAUAUACAUUUCUGGAUCGGUUCUAAAGCUACGCUGGACAAGGGCGCAUGCGCAGCGAUGCACGCGGUCAACCUGCGAAACCUGCUGGGGGCGAAGCGCACGCAGCGGCACGAGCAGGGCGACGAGAGUCCCGAGUUCCUGGCGCUGUUCCCCGCGCCGCCCGCCUACAUCAGCGGCAGCAGGACGCCAUCCGGCUUCUUCACCGUCGACGACCCGCACUACGUCACCCGUUUAUACCGUGUCCACGGAGCCGUUGCGACCGGCCCAACUAUGGGCCCAGCGGCCACCGGCUCUAUCCACCUGCAGCCGGUCAGUGUGUCGGCGCACGAGCUCGACCCCCGAUACGUGUUCGUGUUGGACGCUGGUCUGCAGAUAUAUCUGUGGAACGGUAAGAAAGCGAAAAACACAUUAAAAUCGAAAGCACGACUCUUCGCCGAGAAAAUAAACAAAGAAGAGAGGAAGAAUAAGGCUGAGCUGAUCGCUGAACCCCUGGGCAAGGAGCCGCGGUCCUUCUGGAAGACUCUAGGAUAUGAAGAAGAUACGCCUUUUGUGCCACAGGAGCACGUACCAGAAGACUUUACGUACGAGUCCCCCCGGUUAUACAGAGUGGAGCUCGGUAUGGGCUACUUGGAGCUCCCGCAGCCUGAGGGCGGAGCCCUAACCCGAGAUAGACUGCAGACCAGAAACGUGUAUAUACUGGAUGUGCAUAUUGAUGUAUUUGUGUGGUUCGGCAAGAAAUCAUCUCGGCUGGUACGUGCGGCGGCAGUAAAGUUGGCCCACGAGCUAUUUAACAUGCGACCGCGGCCCGCGCAUGCGCUACUAACUAGACUACAGGAGGGCACUGAGACACAGGUGUUUAAAACGUACUUCGUGGGAUGGGAGGAGGUGAUCGCUGUGGACUUCACGCGCACGGCGGAGUCCGUCGCCCGCACCGGCGCCGACCUCACCUCGUGGGCCAAGGCGCAGGAGACUAAGACGGACCUAUCAGCGUUAUUCACGCCGCGGCAGCCGGACAUGUCUCCCACCGAAGCGAAGCAGCUGGCGGACGAGUGGAACGAGGAUCUGGAGGCGAUGGAGGCGUUCGUGCUGGAGGGCCGGCACUUCGUCCGCCUGCCCGACCACGAGCGCGGCGUGUUCUACAGCUGCGACUGCUACGUGUUCCUGUGCAGAUACGUGCUGCCGCCGGACGACGACGCGAGCGAGAGCUCAGCUAACGGUGACGAGGGAGAAGGGGAUGGGACGACCUGGGUGGUGUACUUCUGGCAGGGCCGGCGCGCGCCCAACAUGGGCUGGCUGACGUUCACGUUCGGCCUCGAGCGCAAGUUCAAGCAGCUGCGGCGCUCGCUCGAGGUGGUGAGGACGCACCAGCAGCAGGAGAGUCUGAAGUUCCUGGCGCAUUUCCACAGGAAGAUCGUGAUUAGAGACGGCAAGAGGAACGCGCCGCCGGCUCGCGGCGCGGCGGGCGUGCAGCUGUUCGAGUUGCGCAGCAACGGGUCGGCACUGUGCACGCGCCUGGUACAGGUGCGACCCGACGCCGCCAACCUCAACAGCGCCUUCUGCUACAUACUGAACGUGCCGCUAGAGGGCGGGAGCGAGGAGUCGGCGAUAGUGUACGCAUGGAUCGGCAGCAAGGCGGACCCCGACGCGGCGAGACUCAUAGAACAGAUCGCCGAGGAGAAGUUCAACAACCCGUGGGUCAGCUUGCAGGUGGUGACUGAAGGCAGCGAGCCGGACAACUUCUUCUGGGUGGGCCUCGGCGGUCGGAAGCCGUACGACACGGACGCCGACUUCCUCCGACACACGCGCCUGUUCCGGUGCUCAAACGAGCGCGGCUACUUCACCGUGUCGGAGAAGUGCACGGACUUCUGUCAGGACGACUUGGCGGACGACGACAUAAUGAUACUGGACAACGGGGAACAGGUGUUCCUCUGGCUCGGCGCCAAGUGCUCAGAAGUUGAGAUCAAACUCGCCUACAAGUCUGCACAAGUGUACAUCCAACACAUGAAGACCGUGCAACCGGAUCGGCCGAGGAAACUGUUCCUAACACUCAAAGAUAAGGAGUCAAGGCGGUUCACCAAGUGCUUCCACGGCUGGGGGGAUCACAAGAAACCACCAGAGUAAACAACAACUCUAAUACUAUAAUUUGAACUAUACUAAAAGCCAUGGAUCUAGACACAUAACUUUAUUGACACUCAGCUGUGUGUAAUAUAGUUGUGUUUACCUCAAAAAUUUUUGUAUUACCUAAAUAAAUACCUGUACCCUCUAUUUAUCAGAAAAAGUACUGAGGUCUUGAUGUCUCUUAAAAUUUACUGUUGUCCUACUGAAAGUACACUGCUUUCCAAGGGGCAUUGAUCUACAUAUUAUUAUACUAAUUUUUUUUUUUCAUGAAUUAAUUUAGCCAAGGUAUGUGUUUAACUUGCAUAUCCCGCCAUCCCUAUGACCUGUUAGUAUUAAAACUAUUUAUUGUUGAUAUUAUUACAGUAUUUUAUAGUAUGUAACCCAAAACUCAAAGCAAAUAGGCAUAAUAACUCUGAAAUGUUACUACAACUAUUGAGAUAUUUUGCAUUUUUAAUUUUUAAAAUCAAUAAUUGUUAUAGCAACAU